CUCUCUCUCUCUCUCUCUUUUUCUCUUCACGACAACAAGCUCCUCUUCUCUCUUUCUUCCUCUUUCUUCUCCAGAGAAAACGUCCUCUUCUAAAAUUGAUCAACUUCAACCCUUCUUCUUUCCAAACCAGCUGUUGGGGAGGUCAGAACAAUGGAACAAGAGCCCCUGGAUGCUGGGUUGCAAAUUUCUAUGUCUUCAGAUGAUAUGGAAGACGACUUACAGUCAAAUCACCCGUCUAGUAUCAUUGAAGUCCCCAUUGUCAAUGGUAAGUAUUAUGUGUUAUCACUUUUAUUAUGUUUAGAGCUAAUUAUUUUGUUUUUCUUUGAUUUGCUUGAAGGCCCCUCUAUGAUUGAUGAUUCUGAUGAAUUCCUCUCAUUAUCGACGAAAUUUUUUGAAAAUCGAGAAGACCUUGUCAGUGCUAUUCGUAAGAUUGGGUUGCUGCAAGGUUACGUUAUGGUAAUUACAAGAUCUAGAAGCAAUAGAGAUGUGGCUAUUGGUUGUGAUAGAGGUGGUUGUUAUCGAACCUGCUCUGCACUUGAGGAGAAGAAAAAGAAUUCAGCUUCUCGUCGGAUAGAUUGCCCUUUCAAAAUUGUGGGAAGAAGGACAGCUGAAGGGUUGUGGAAGGUCGAGAUAAGUAGCUUGUUACAUAAUCAUGAGCCUUCCACUGACAUGGCUGGACAUCCAUAUUGUCGUCGGUUUACUAAAGAGGAAGCCUCACAAGUUGAACAAAUGAGUCGGGCUGGCAUAAAACCACGUCAAAUUCUCUCUUCGCUUCGACAAAGUAAUCCUGAUCUUCUAGCUGUUUCCAGAAAUAUAUAUAGCAAGACAUCUCAGUUUAGAAGGGAGAGUCUAGGUGGGCGUUCGAUUAUUCAAGCAUUAUUAGAUGAGCUUGGUGGUGCUGGUUUUUCUCAUAAUGUCAAAUAUGAUCACUCUGGUCAUUUGACUCAUCUAUUCUUUGCUCAUCCCACUUCCAUUGAGUUGACUAAAAGCUACUCUAAUGUCUUUGUGAUGGAUUGUACUUAUAAGACAAAUAAGUACAAGAUGCCAUUACUUGAGAUUGUAGGAGUGUCGAGUUUCAACACAUCAUUCUAUUCAUGUUUUGUUUUCAUGCAAAAAGAGGAACAACAGGAUUAUCAGUGGGCUCUUGAAAUGUUCAGUAAGUUGUUGGGAGAUGGUAAUCAUCCAUUGGCGAUUAUAAUUGAUAGGGAGUUGGCUUUAAUGAAAGCAAUACAAGUUGUGUUUCCGAUGACUCCUAAUCUUUUAUGCAUAUGGCAUAUUGAAAAAAAUAUUCUUGCACAUUGUAAGGGUCAGUUUAAGGAAGAUGCAGAUUGGGUUGGUUUUAUGUCUUCUUGGAGUACCCUUGUAAAGUCUUGGGACGUGUCAACGUUUAAUGAAGUUUGGAACCGUUUUCAAAUUGAGUACAAAGACUAUGCUUCCAUUCUAACUUACAUUGGCAAUACUUGGCUUCCAUGGAAAGAGAGGUUUGUAUUUGCAUGGACCGGACAGAUUUCACACUUUGGUAAUAAUGUUACUUCUAGAGCAGAAGGUGCACAUGGAACCUUAAAGAAAUAUCUUCAAGUUUCUACUGGUGGUCUCCGUGAAGUGAAGGAAAAUAUUUGUCUUGCUAUUCAAAAUCAGUUUCAAGAAAUUAGAACUCAACUUGCAAGUGAAAAAAUUCGUGUUCCUCAAAAGCUUUGCAUCCCUUUCUUUAAAGAGGUGAUUAAUAAGGUAUCUUUCUAUGCUUUGUUUGAGUUACAAAAGCAAUAUUUGUUGGCAAAUGCCAAAGACUAUUCAUCCCAAUGCAAGGGCCAGUUUUCCAAAACCAUGGGUCUUCCAUGUGUGCACAUGAUCAAGGAGAUUAAUAUUGAAGUGCUGCCUUUAAAUCAGAUUCAUGAGCAAUGGAGGAUUGGCACAAGAUCAUUCACUAAUGAUCAUCGUGCAAGCUUGGAUCAUGAAGAUCCAUUUAGUAGUCUUUUAUCUGAGGUUAAAGAGAAGUACGAAAAACAGCCUCUAGCGCAAAAAGAAAAUACCAUAAGGCAGCUUUCUCAGAUUCUUGGUGCAUCUUGUCCUUUAAUUUUUAAACCUACUCUUCAACCUCACAAAGGUCGUCCGGUAGGAUCAAAUAAAAGAAAGGAAACUAGCUCUACAAGGCGGGAACCUUCAUAUUUUGAGAGAGUGGAGAAGGCACCUCGAAAAUGUAGUGGGUGCGGUAAUAUUGGCCAUUAUCGAAACAAGUGUCCAUCAAAUAAUAAGUCUACCACACUAGGAACACAGUGAGAUAAAGCUCCCAGCUUCUUUUGGAGAGCAAGAAAUUUAUGGGUGUGGCUCUCUUCUUUAAGGAAGUUAAAAGGGAAAAAGAUGAAACAGAAAUUGGCCCAAUGUACUUGGUCAGGAAGCUUUUUGUGCAGCAUAGCUUGGACUACGUUCUUUUUGUAUCUCUCACAACAUAGGAGAGUUUUGUAGAUGACGUAUUAUUAGGGGAUUUGAGCUAUGUAAUUGGUAGAAAAAAUUUAGGAUUUCAGCUAUGUAUCUUUUUUAAGUCAAUAGGAUUUAUGCAGUAACAUA